GCUGGAGCCAAUCCCAGCUGACUUUGGGGUGAGUGGUGGGGUGGAUUGCCUACCAGUCAAUCCCAGGGCAAAUAUAGUAAUAAUACAUGUAACAAAACAGUCUUUUAAUGUGUAAUUGUGCACUCCAGUUAUUGUUAGUAAUAAUUGAAGGUGUGAAGUUUGAUCUGAGGUUUUCUUUUAGUAUAACUUGUCAUAUUGGGAAUUCCUCCACGGACAGAGAGGGAAGCACAGUGUAAUAAAAUGUAAAUGCAAUCUUUAAGCUUGUCUCCAGUGGUUUGGGCUUGUGCAGGUGAGGCUUUGAAGUAAGUGUCAAUAUUUACUGGUUGUUGUAAUCAACUAAGCCAGGCUACUUCAUUCAUCUUCAUUCAUUCAGGACUUCCUGAACUUGGGUUCCUGUGGAUUCAAAUGACUUCCUCUCUGCCAAUCACAUCCAAGCCUGCAAAUAUCAAAGAGAGGAUGAGCCAACCACCUUUGCUCCAUGGACCCUCUCCUCUGUCUAUAUAUUUGGGAAUUUGAGUUCUCUCCCGAGAGAGCGAGAGCUGUGUAAAUAAGUGGUGCUUGUUUAGCAUUCAUUCCAUACAAGAUGUCUAUGGUAGGGCUUAGCGAGUGCCCCGGGAAGGCCGGCCAGUACCGGGUGGAUCACCUCCUCAGCGCCGUGCAGAGCGAGCUCCAAGCCGGGAGUGAGAAGGGCGACCCCACGGAGAGAGAAUUGAACCUCUCCUUGGACGAGAGCGAUCUUUGGGGCAAAUUUAAGGAUCUAACUAACGAGAUGAUUGUUACGAAAAACGGCAGGCGCAUGUUCCCCGUGUUGAAAGUCAACGUGUCCGGAUUGGAUCCGAACGCCAUGUAUUCUUUUUUGCUGGACUUGGCAUCCGCAGACAAACACAGGUGGAAGUACGUGAGUGGGGAGUGGGUCCCAGGAGGGAAGCCCGAACCUCAAAGCCCAAGCUGCGUGUACAUCCACCCGGACUCUCCAAACUUCGGCGCACAUUGGAUGAAAGCUCCUGUCUCUUUUAGUAAAGUCAAACUCACCAAUAAAUUUAACGGAGGAGGACAGAUCAUGUUAAACUCCCUGCACAAGUACGAGCCACGCAUCCAUAUAGUGCGUGUCGGAGGCCCACGGAGGAUGGUCACCAGCCAUUCUUUCCCGGAGACACAGUUCAUUGCUGUGACAGCUUACCAAAAUGAAGAGAUAACUGCUUUGAAAAUAAAGUACAACCCUUUUGCCAAGGCCUUCCUGGAUGCAAAGGAAAGAUGUGAUGACAAAGAUAUCAAAAAUGAAAUCGAAGACAACCAGCAGUCACCCUACUCCCCAUUAGGUGGCUGGUUUCUACCAGGAUCAGGCUCCAUUUGUCCCCCUGCUGCUGCAGAUUCAAGUCCUCACAGCCAGUUUGGAAGCCCCGUCCCCCUAUCGCCCUCCCGAGGAUGUGAGCGCUACUCCACGUUGAGGACCCACCGCUCCGCACCCUACAGCACCUCUUCUUACAGGCAUGGGACUAGCUCCCCCACAGGUUACACCAACCAAGCCUCAGCAUGUGUGCCAGUGCUUUCGAGCCAAGACAACUGGUGUAGUCUGCAGAUGCCAACACACUCCAGCAUGAUGUCCAUGACGCAUAACCCCACCUCCUCUGCCAACUCCAGUCAGUUCACCAGCCUGUGGCCUAUGAGCAAUGUACCCCUGGCCCCAGCGACCCCAGUGCCCCACCAUUCUACGGGAAUAAACAACAAUCUGAGCUCCCACUUCCUGCGAGGCUCCAGCAGUCCUUAUCCGAGUUUAUCUUACUCGGUCACAGCGCCCUCUUCUGGCUCACUCAUGUAUGACAGCAGCAGUACAGAGGGGGUCGAUACAGCUCAGUAUGAGACCUCUCUACAGCGACCUUCUCCAAACUGGACUCCCGUCACCCUCCCUUCUUUGUGAUGACACAAAAUUCUCAACAGAGGAAGAACGCACUCAUGAAAAAUUCAAUUUCACAGGCAGUUGGCUCAAUUUUGGGAAACAUUAUCACUUCAACAUCUUCCCGUUCUAAAAUAUCCCUUGAUUUCCUACAAUUAUUAUAUUUAUGCUCAUUUGAUGCUUCAUUCAGCAUAGCAGAAUAUGUAUAUUCUACCUUUGAUCUGCUUAUAUUAAGCUCAAGUUCAUGAGUGUUGAUUGUUAAAAUUGUUGUUGUAUUUCAAAAAAUGUUUAUUGUGUAAAUGAGAAAGGAAGUCUACCGUACCUCAUAUACAGUUUAUGAUGUAAAUAAAUUAAAUUUUUAAUGCAGGGAAAUUCUUCAAGCUUAUUUUCACCUUUUGGUGAAAGUAAAAUCCACUGUUAUCAAACACAUAUGGAAUAUCACAUCAAUUUUUCAGCAUGCUGAAGCAUGCCCACAAUCCUCGUGAGGAUAAGCAGUAUAGA